CUAGGAAGAUAGAUGCCUCUCUUUGAAAACAAAUGUCAGUUGAAAAUUUAACCGGACAUAGAUAUAUAUAAAUAACCUCUUGUUCCUUACAAUUUCCCGAAGAUUUGAUAGACUACGGCACGGUAGCUUGUGGGGGUACUAUCUUAAAGUCAUAUAUGAAACCUUAUAGAGAAAGAGAGAGAGAGAAUGAUGGGUUUUCCUUCUUUCUCAAGACUGGUUUAAGUGGGCUUAUAGUUUGAAGUUCUGAAAAGCUGGUUGGUAUGUUAAUUUCUGUUAGCAACAAUGGCCACAGUAAUGGAGAAAAGUGUAAAGGAAGAAGCUGACAAUCUUGCAUCUUUGCCUUCCUUAUCUUCAGUGGUUGCAGUAGCUGUCAAUGGAAAGAAAAAAAGCAAAUAUGUAGUAAAGUGGGCACUGGAGAAGUGUGUUCCUGAGGGAAAGGUUAUCUUCAAACUGAUACAUGUCCGUGAAAGGAUUACUGGAGUUCCUACACAAAUGGGAAAUUCCAUUCCGCUUUCACAAGUACGGGAGGAUGUAGCAGCUGCUUAUAUAAAGGAAAUUAAUUUUCAGACAAGUCAAAUGCUUCUUCCUUACAAGAAAUUGUGCGCUCAGAAAAAGGUGGAAGUAGAUGAUAUAGUUAUUGAAUCAGAUGAUGUGGAAAAAGCAAUAGCAGAGGAGGUUGCUAAACAUGAUAUCCACAAGCUUGUCAUAGGAGCUUCAUCACGUGGCUUGUUCACAAGGAAACUUAAGGGUCUAUCCUCAAAAAUCUCAGCGAGCACUCCAAGAUUUUGUACAGUCUAUGUUGUUUCGAGAGGAAAGUUGUCUUCCGUACGCCCAUCCAAUACAGAAAUGAAUGGAAGCUUUAAAGAUGACAGUAGUGAAACAAGUUGUUCUAGCCAGAGUUUGUCAAGCCACACUUCCAGCUCACUGACAGAUUAUGCUUCGGUUGCUUCGCACUCUCAUUUCUGUUCUCCUUCACUACCAAUGCAGCGAUUUCAAGCUCUUUCUACUAUUAACCACAACCUUCUUAAGACAGGAACAAAUUCAGUUGAAACAAACCAUUCUAGAUGCCAGUCCUUGGAUGUUGAGGAAAGGAAGGACGAUAUGAGUUCUUAUCCCAAUAAAGCAGAUUCUGAACCUGCAUUGAAUUGGGCCUAUAGUUGCAAAACCUUGCCAACAGAUGAUCAAUCAUGGAUUUCUGAUCAAGCUUCCAACUUAGAUGCUCUCACCGAUUAUCCUUCAUCAGAUACUCAGGAAAUUGAUUUUGAGCUGGAAAAGCUAAGAAUAGAACUCAGACAUGUCCGAGGAAUGUAUGCAAUAGCUCAAAGUGAGACAAUAGGUGCUUCCCGGAAGCUACACAAUCUCAGUGAACGCCGGAUGGAGGAAGCAAUGAAGCUCAAGGAGAUAAAUAUCAAAGAGGAGAGAGCCAAAGAAUUAGCAAGACAAGAGAAAGAGAGGCAUGAAGCUGCAAAAAGAGAAGCUGAAUAUGUGAGAGAAUGUGCUGAAAGAGAAGCCUCCCAACGGAGAGAAGCAGAGAUGAAGGCUAUUCAUGAUUCUAAAGAGAAAAAAAAGUUUGAGAAUGCUCUUGUUGGUCCAGUGCAGCAAUACCAUAAGUUCACAUGGGAAGAGAUUGUGUCUGCCACUUCAUCUUUCUCUGAAGAUCUUAAAAUAGGGAUGGGGGCAUAUGGAUCAGUUUAUAAGUGCAAUCUGCAUCAUACAACUGCAGCAGUGAAAGUUCUUCACUCCGAAGAUAGUCACAAAAAUAAGCAGUUCCUGCAGGAGCUUGAUAUCUUGAGCAAAAUUCGGCAUCCCCAUUUACUUCUCCUUCUUGGAGCCUGUCAAGAUCGUGGUUGCCUAGUCUACGAGCACAUGGAGAAUGGUAGCCUGGAGGACAGGUUGCUCAAGAAAAAUGGUUCACCUCCCAUUCCUUGGUUUGAGAGGUGCCGAAUAGCUUGGGAAGUAGCCUCAGCUCUUGUCUUUCUUCACAACUCAAAGCCAAGAGCAAUAAUCCAUCGUGAUUUGAAACCAGCAAACAUUUUGCUUGAUCAUAACCUUGUGAGCAAGAUUGGUGAUGUUGGCCUUUCUACAAUGCUUAAAUCAGAUGUUUCUUCUAUGUAUACUGUAUGCUCUUACGCAGGGCCUGUUGGGACACUCUGCUACAUAGAUCCUGAGUAUCAAAGGACUGGGAUACUAUCUCCACAGUCCGAUGUUUAUGCUUUUGGAAUGGUGAUUUUGCAGUUGCUGACUGCAAAACCAGCAAUAGCACUAGCCCAUGUGGUGGAAACUGCUUUAAGUGAUGGUAAGUUAUUGGAGAUUUUGGAUCAAGAAGGCGGGAAUUGGCCAAUUGAGGUGGCAAAGGAAUUGGCUGAAAUGGGACUGAGCUGUGCUGAGCUUCGGCGUCAAGAUAGACCUGAUUUGAAAGAGAAAGUACUUCCUGCACUGGAGAGAUUGAAAGAAGUUGCUGAUAGGGCUCGAGAUUCAGCUUGCAGAGUGCCAUCUGCACCUCCUAACCACUUCAUCUGCCCAAUUCUUAAGGAUGUGAUGGACGAUCCUUGCGUUGCUGCGGAUGGUUACACUUAUGACCGCAGAGCAAUAAAGCAAUGGCUUGAAGAGAAUGAUACAUCUCCAAUGACAAAUAUGCCAUUGCCUCAUAAGAAUCUGAUACCAAAUUACACGCUUCUUUCUGCAGUUGUGGAGUGGAAAUCUGGAAUCCAAUAACCAUCCUCUAUUGAUUUUGCAGAAUUACAUCGACAAUUGUUAGUGAAUCAUGAGCCUUCUUUUUGUAAUUAUAGUGGAUUAGUUUAGAGGCCAAUGACAUUUCUCAUUCAUAAUUAUUUAGGACAAUGCUGACACAGUUGUUUCCUUGCGGAUUCCUUAAUUGAAAACUCAUCAUGUAAUUAUAUUUUUUGUGGGGAAAAAAGGAAAGAAGCAGCAAGAAACAAAAGUCAGCUGUUAAUGUUUUAGGUGCUACUUCUCCAUGUGGUUUUGCAUAUUAGAGUGCACGUGGUUUCAAAUUUGAAAGAUGGAUUGUACAUACAAAGAACAUCUUUCUUUUGAAAGUGUACAGGUUUGUUUGGUUAUGUUGUUUAAACAACGGUUUUUGUUAUUUAAUCAACACAACGCUUAUUUUCACAA